AGUUGUUGGGGGGCGGGCCCUUAGCAGACCAUGGCGGGUGAACUUGAGGGCAGCAAGUGCUUGAGCGGGUUGCUGAGCGGCCUGGCCCAGGACGCUUUCCAUGGGCACCCAGGCAUCACCGAGGAGCUGCUGCGGAGCCAGCUUUAUCCAGAGGUGUCGCCCGAGGAGUUUCGCCCUUUUCUGGCGAAAAUGAAGGGGAUUCUUAAGUCGAUUGCAUCUGCAGACAUGGAUUUCAAUCAGUUGGAGGCCUUUUUAACUGCUCAAACCAAAAAGCAAGGUGGGAUCACAUCUGACCAAGCUGCUGUUAUUUCCAAGUUCUGGAAAAGCCACAAGACAAAAAUCCGAGAGAGCCUUGUGAACCAAAGCCGUUGGGAGAAUGAACUUCGGGGCUUGAGCUGGAGAGUUGAUGGCAGGUCUCAGUCAAGGCACUCAGCUCAAAUACAAACACCUGUUGCCAUAAUAGAGCUAGAAUUCGGGAAACAUGGACAGGAAUCUGAAUUUCUGUGUUUGGAAUUUGAUGAGGUGAAGGUCAACCAAAUCCUGAAGAAGCUCUCAGAGGUAGAAGAAAAUAUCAACACACUGAUGCAACCAGUCUAACGGAAGAUACGGAGGAAAGAGUUGGAAUUAUUAAAGAAAGGUGUUAAUCAUCCUCCCCACUUUUUACAGUCCUGUCCCCUCAUUGGUAUUAAAUUCUCAGUGUCCAGUCUUGCUAGGAUUCUUUCAUUCUCCCUUUCCCUUUAGUUUCCUUCUUUUUGUGGAAGAGGAGGAUGCUGGAGAUGGAAUCUAGCACUUCAUGAGUUCUAGGCAAAUGCUGUACCACUGAGCUACAUUUUCAGCCCUCAUUCAUUCUUACAGUUACUCCAGUGCAGAGAUUCUCAUACUUCAGCAUGUAUAAAGAUGAUUAGGGGCCAACUUGUUAAACUAUUUAAAUUCUAAAAUUUAUUCCAGUGGGUCAUGGUGGCACACGCCUAUAAUCCCAGCACUUGGAAGAUUGAAGCAAGAGAAUCAUUACAAGUUUAGGACCAGCCAGGACUACAAAGUGAGCUCAAGGCCAGCCUGAAUUGCCUAGGGAGACCUUGUCUCAAAAAGGGGAAAAAAAAAAAAAUUAGGCCAGGCAUGAUGGCCUAGCCUUGUAAUCCCAGGACCUAGGAGGUUGAGGCCGGAGUAUUGCCACAAAUUAAAGGCCAUCCUGAACUACAUAGUGAAACCCUGUCUCAAAAUAAUAAUCCUCAGAAACUUACAUUCAGUAGGAUUAGGGUGUGGAGACAGGGUCAGUCUUGGAAAGACUUCCUAUGAUCCUUUGUUCCUGGAGAGAUUUUUAAAAUUUAUACAUGAUAAAUUAUGUAAGAAUUUGAAAAGGAACAAGAAAAUAUCUUAGUCAAGGAAAUACAGUGUUCAUUGAGGUGUUAUAUAUCCCAAAGUGAGGCCUAAAAGUUACCUGAUACUAGUAGGAUAUUUUUGAAAUUAAUUUCAGUAGUUGGAAUACUUAAGCCUAAAUUUGGAGGAGUCUGGUUUGGUCCAAGCUACUAUCAGAGACCCCACCAAGAUCCCCAACUUCCUGAUAGAGGGGUAUAGAAAAAGGAUGAAGUAAGAAACAGAGGCAAAUUUAGUAAUGCAUGACUCAGAGGCUGGGAGGUUGUUGUACUUCCCCAAAAAGGCCCCCGAGAUGAAAAAUGGGGCAAGACCCCCGAGAUGGAAAAAAGAUGGGGUAAACGACAUUUUAAGAAGCACUUUUAUUUUAGCUGGCCCAGCAACACAGUGCAGAUGGAAUUUGCAAAGCUGUGCAACUGAGUUAGAAUUUUGGCUGAUUUUUAUAGUUCAUUUAUGAUUAGCUCAUUGAUCAUUAAGUACAUAGUGAUGAGAAACAGAAACAAGGUGGACCUUUGUUCCCCUUUGCUUGAGGUCAGAGACAUUUCAUAGUGGGUGGUUAGCUAAUUCAUAGCCCUUGGUCUGCCAAUUCUAGGAACAUUUGUCUUUCAUAAAGAGAACAAUGGUUGACAUAGCAUCAUUUGUCUCUUACAAGGGGAACAAAAGUUGACACAGCAAACAGGUUACUAAGGUGGUGGGGAACAACACAUACAAAACAGCAUGACAAUGCAGUCAGUUAAUUUAUAACAAUGUGGUCAGUGCUCCAGUUACAUGGUUACUACAGAGGUCAGUGCCUCAGGAUCGGCAAAGACAAAGACACUCUGAGCUAGCCAUUGUGUAUUGGGUGCAUAUAAUCAGGGAAGGGAUUAUUGUGUGACUCAGGUCAGUGAGGAUCUUUAUGUUGAUGAAGACUGGGGAGAGAGAGCAGGUUAACAAGGAGUUUGUCCUUUAUUUAGAGUAAAACUAUUUUUUAACUACUGGAUUCUUAAGGAACCAUGAUAUCUCUAGCUGGUGCAAUCUUGCCCUGGGGCAUCUCAGCAUCACAGGACCAUUGUGGCCUCAACUGUGACCUGAGGCACUAGUCCCGGGGCAAACCAUAUCAUAGUUGUAUUACAAGUGAUUUUUUUCCCAAAAAUUACUUAGAAUGAUGCUCAAAAACCCAGAGACUCUGGCUUUUUUGUAACCUAAAAUUAAGCUGCUCGUGUAACAAAGGGACUCUAUGUCUUUCCUUGCUUAAAUCAGGAUUAUAGUAAGGAAAAUGUCUACUGAGUCAAUGCAAAGUCUUUUACCUCAGAAAAUUUUAUUCAAGUCAUCAAAACCCCUUUGAGAAAAUGUGUUCAAGAAAAAUUAGUGUAUGAAAGCUCGGUUCUAGAGGAGAAGUAUGUUAGCAUUCCAUUAUUAGGACAGGAUACAUAACUUAGGAUAGAAUAAUCAACUUAGGAGGAGGAAAGACUUAUUUCAUUUCACGUUUAAAAGGUUUCCACCCAUGAUUGCUUGGCUCCAUUGGUUUGGGGCCUUUGGUGAGGCAGAUCGUGGGGAGCAUGUGAUAGAGCAAAGCUGCUCACCUGAGACUGACUGGAAAGCAGAGAGAGAUGUGGAGGGACCAGGGCCCUAAUCACCCUUUAGGGGCAGGGUUCCCAGGUUUUGGGGCAUGAUGAUACCAUAAGAACAUGUUUAUAAGGAGCUGGGGAUUUAGCUCAGUGGCAUAAGCACCUGCCUUGCAAGCAGGCGGUCAUGAGUUCAAUCCCUGGUACUGAUAAAAAAAAAAAAAAAGAACAUGUUUAUAAAGUAGUAUUUACAGAUGCUACAGAUGUAAAUACAGUAGUAUUUACAGAUAUUUCACGAUCAAUUAGAAGUCUCUGACCAAGUUUCUGUUCUGCUGUUUCUGCUGAAUUCAGUUGACCUUGACAGGGUUUGUAGCCUUCUGCUGAGCACUGGGUCAGAGUAUUUGUCUAUACCGUGAGUCACCUUGGGCUUACUCAAGGGCCUGCUCCCUGGAAUGUUUCUAUAUUAUGGUAGUGCUUUUAACUAUGCUUACUCUGUAAGGACCCCCUCCCCUUGUUCUGUAUUAUGAUAAACAGUUCCUUUGUGUCAAUCUGUUUAAGACUAGUCUGCAAGUCAAUAUGGAACUCAAUGCAUGUAACCAAUUAUGUAACAUUUUGUCACUUGCUUUACACCUCGCGCUUCUAAAUUCUAUAUAGACUAAACUCUUCUUAGGUUUAGCACUGUUGCCUUUGAGAAAUUAUCCACAGCAGUCCACUGGCAUGACAAUCCAAUAGUCCCCUGGUAUAAAGAUUAAAUGCUUAAAUGCUGCCUUCUUA